AUGGGGGUUUCCGUGUUGGGUUCAAUUUCAAUCGUUUGUCAUGUUUUAGUAAAAAGUUGUCAUGAAAGGACUUUGAAGAUUCAAUCUUUCUGGGCAAGAGAGAGACCCACCAUUAGUUUCAAGCUCUCAAGGUCGAGGCCCUACCCACACCCAGGAAGACUUAUAUCAUGCAAGUCUGAAUUAGUUGAUUUUGAUGAGAGAACAAGCCCAAAUGAGGUUUCUGGAAAGCCAAUGAAGUAUGAGGUGCCAAAGAUCAAUCUUUAUGGCACCUCUGAACCCUGGAAAAUUUGGAAGGAUUUUGGUGGAGAUGGCUUAGAGAUUGGUGAAGACUUGUAUUUCUUCACCACGUUGAAGACCAAAGGCACCCGUGUGUCUCGGAAGGCUGGAAAUGGCUGCUGGCAUGGAGAGAACUCUGCCAAAGUCCUUGAUCCUAAGAAUGAGCAGAAGGUUUUGGGGUUCUCGAGGAGGUUUCAUUAUAAAAACCCUAAAUCUGAUCAGAAUGGUUGUUGGAUUAUGCAUGAAUAUAGUCUUAAAGACUAUCCUUCCAUGCCCAAAUCCAAAAAUUCCAGGGCUAGUGAUGAUGAUGGCGAUCAAUUGGUGUUGUGCCGGAUUCGAAAGAACGACCAGAAGCUUCAUAAGAAUGAAAGGAAGAGAAAAUUUAAAUCUGCCGCAGAGGAUCAUGGUAUUGAUGAUGCUCCAGUAGAAUCCAAAAGCAAGAUUCAAAAGAUUAAUAUUGAUGGCCAUGAUCCAAUUGGCCUCACUAGUCUUGAGCCAGAGUUCGUUACAAACCCAAUUGGUCUCUCUCAGUCAAACCAUCAACCUGAGAUAAUUGAUGACAACCAAUUAUUGGGUGACGAUUUUGAUGAAGCCCUGAAUAUCGCUUUCUCAUAUUUGGACGGCCCUACUAUUAUUGAUAACAACACCACACCCCAAAUGCAAUCAUAUUCAAGCAUGCUACUGUGUGCAGAGAGGGAAGAAAUGGGGAAUACAACAUAUACAGAUCAUGAGACUUCCCAAGGGAUCGCUACCGGCUCCGAGAUUAUUGAAGUCACAGCUGACAUUGGAUUUGGGACAAGUGAAGAAACAAGCCAUGAAUAUCUUGACAUUGAUGAUCAAAUUGCCCAAAUCAAUAUGUCAGAGCCAGACUACUUGCAGCUUGACGAUCAUGUGUUCGAAAUGAGUCCGUUUGACGAUGAUGAUCCCCAGUAAUCUUUCACAACACAGCCGUUUGGUUCAUAUCUAUACCCAUCCUUGCACCAACUACUCCUCUAACCAAGAGAGCUGUGCUACUGUUGGUGCUGAAGCAACUAAGGGCAACAAUAUUGACAUUGGCAUUGACGUGUGCAAUUGGUCACACAAGUCCAUAAUGGUCAUAUGAUAGACUGAUAAUUAAUGUCUCCAUAUGAUCAAUUAAAUUACCACUUUUCCUUUUGGUUUUGUUUUUCUGUUGUAUUGUUUGUGCAACA